AAUAUGUCUCUUAUAAAACUCCAUUUACUCUCCAUCCUCUGCUCUUUGCUUGUUCAGUAGCACUAGUGAAAAGCUCAUGGCCUCCUGGUCUUUCUACUUCUUCCUCUGCUAUCUUCUUCUCUCUACUCUCUCAAUAUCAUCAGUGCUUACCCCCAAUCCUGGCGGCGGCUGCUUCAUUAAAGCCAUAUACAGCUUUGGCGACUCCAUUGCGGACACUGGAAACCUUGUCCGAAUGGGCCCAAGUGGUCUCUUCAAUCCCGUUGGGUACUUUCCCUAUGGAGUUAGCUUGAAGAAAAAACCCACUGGCCGAUGCUCUGACGGCCUCCUUAUAAUCGACUAUCUCGCUAUUGCUCUAAAUCUUUCGCUGAUCAACCCUUACUUGGACAAGAAAGCAAAAUUCGAUAAUGGAGUCAAUUUUGCUGUUGCUGGAGCUACAGCUCUUGAUGAGUCCUUCUUCAUUUCGAGCGAUGUCGUUAUGCCGUAUGCUGCUAGUUCUAUUGGAGCUCAGCUAGCCUGGUUUAAGACCCAUCUUAGCUCCGUUUGUUCAACAAGAGAAGAGUGUAGUAAAAAGCUUGAGAGGACUCUCUUCUUGCUUGGAGAAAUUGGAGGAAAUGACUAUAGCUUUGCAUUCUAUCAAGGGAAAUCAAUAGAGGAUGUUGCAACUUUUGUUCCACAAGUCAUCCAAAAAAUAGUAGAUUCAGUAAAGAAAGUGAUUGAAGCUGGAGCCAUUCAUAUUAUUGUGCCUGGAAAUUUUCCAAUAGGAUGCUUUCCAAGCAAUUUAGAAAUUUAUAAAGACAAAGCUUCCAGAGUUUAUGAUAGUAACAACUGCAUUAAGGAUCUGAACGCAUUUUCAAAGCUCCACAACAAAAAACUGCAAGAGGCACUUCAAAGCUUGGGACAGUCUUAUCCUCAAGUCAGCAUUAUGUAUUCUGAUUACUAUGAAGCUUUCAUGACCCUCAUUGAUAAUGCUUCCAGUCUUGGCUUUGAAGAAAGCUCAUUAUUGAAAUCCUGCUGUGGUGGAGGUGGGCUAUACAAUUUUGACAUCAAUAUGAUUUGUGGAAUGCCGGGUACAUGGCCUUGCUCUGAUCCUGCAAAGUAUAUAAGCUGGGAUGGCAUUCAUUUGACACAACAAGCUUACAAGAUUAUGGCACAGAAUUUGAUUCAGAAAUUUAUCUACCCAUUGGCUAGAGCCCAAGAGAUAUGGAAGUGUUAAAAGCUCUCAGACAGUUAUUUGAUUUGCUUAAAGAUAAGUAUAUUAUUUAAGAAAACAGUGAAAUUUUGUAUUGUGUUCAUCUUAAAAUAAAUUUAAUGAUUUUGAGAGCUAUUUUGGUGUAAAUUUGAUCAAAAUAUCCUGAACUUCUCUAUUUUCUUUUGUUGAAACUAAAAUAACCAUGAGCUCUGUUUACUGCCAAGAAAUCAAAUGAAAAAAAGAUGGCAUUUGUUUAUUUA